UUAUUGUCAUCUCGUUUCUGGCAAUCUGCGAUUUAGUGCGCGGAUCUAUUGUGAAAUUAUUUUUUGUUUUUUGUUCAAAUGGCGCCGCCAAAAAAGUCGAAAAAGGAUCGCAGUGGUUCGGAUAAAUUCGCAAAAAAGCGACGUGUCGAGGAUGAGGCAUUCACUCAACUGGUGGACGACAACGACAGUUUGGAUGCCACAGAAUCGGACGGAGUUCCGGGUGCUGCCUCCAAAAACGCGGAAACUAAUGAUGAACAAAUCAAUACGGAUGAAUACGGGGCCAAGGAUUACCGGGCGCAAAUGCAACUCCGCCAGGACCACGGCAAUCGCCCACUUUGGGUGGCUCCCAACGGUCACGUCUUCCUGGAAUCCUUUUCACCUGUCUACAAGCACGCCCAUGACUUCCUCAUCGCCAUCUCGGAACCCGUCUGCCGACCGGAACACAUCCAUGAAUAUAAGCUCACGGCCUAUAGUUUAUAUGCCGCCGUUUCGGUGGGCCUGCAAACCCAUGACAUUGUGGAAUACCUCAAGAGAUUGAGCAAAACUAGCAUUCCCGAGGGCAUCCUGGAGUUUAUCCGCCUUUGCACCCUUUCCUAUGGCAAAGUCAAGCUGGUCUUGAAGCACAACAAGUACUUUAUAGAGUCACCACAUCCCGAGGUGCUGCAGAAGUUACUUAAAGAUCCGGUGAUCCAGAAAUGCCGCCUGAUUCGCAGCGAAGGUGAGGACUUCAUUCAGGGCACCCUCGAUGGCAAGGCCAUCACACAGUUCGGCACGAAAUUGCCGCCGGGGGCAACGGACAAGCCGGCAGAGGAUCCUGCGGCAGCUGGAGGUGCUCCUACAGCCGCAGAUGGAACAACGGCAGUGCCCGAGGACAUCACAGAUUUCUACGAGAAGAUCGACAAGGAGGAGGAGGACGAGGAUGAGGCCAAUCUGAAGACUGUAUCCUUUGAGGUGGCCCAGGAGAAGAUCGAGGUGAUUCAGAAGCGCUGCAUCGAGAUUGAGCAUCCCCUGCUGGCCGAGUACGAUUUUCGCAAUGACACCAACAAUCCCGACAUCAAUAUAGACUUGAAACCCGCUGCCGUUUUGCGUCCAUAUCAGGAGAAGAGUCUGCGCAAGAUGUUUGGCAAUGGAAGAGCCCGUUCUGGGGUCAUUGUUCUUCCUUGCGGAGCUGGAAAAUCCCUUGUAGGAGUCACGGCCUGCUGCACUGUGAGGAAAAGAGCUCUGGUGUUGUGCAACAGUGGCGUUUCCGUGGAGCAGUGGAAACAGCAGUUCAAAAUGUGGUCCACUGCGGAUGAUAGCAUGAUCUGUAGGUUCACCUCCGAGGCAAAAGACAAACCCAUGGGUUGUGGCAUACUCGUGACCACCUAUUCCAUGAUCACACACACACAAAAGAGAUCCUGGGAGGCAGAGCAAACGAUGCGCUGGCUGCAAGAGCAGGAAUGGGGAAUCAUGGUGCUGGACGAAGUGCACACAAUCCCAGCCAAAAUGUUCCGUCGUGUGCUGACCAUAGUUCAGUCCCACUGCAAGCUUGGAUUGACGGCAACGUUACUGCGUGAAGAUGACAAGAUUGCGGAUCUCAACUUCUUGAUUGGACCAAAGCUAUACGAGGCCAACUGGCUGGAGCUGCAAAAGAAGGGCUACAUCGCACGUGUGCAGUGCGCUGAGGUGUGGUGCCCCAUGUCGCCAGAGUUCUACCGCGAGUACCUGACCACAAAGACCUCCAAGAAGAUGCUGCUCUAUGUGAUGAAUCCCUCCAAGUUCCGCAGCUGCCAGUUUCUCAUCAAAUAUCACGAGCAGCGAGGCGACAAAACGAUUGUCUUCUCGGACAAUGUGUUUGCCCUAAAGCACUAUGCCAUCAAGAUGAACAAGCCUUUCAUCUACGGUCCCACCUCGCAGAACGAACGUAUCCAGAUUCUGCAGAACUUUAAAUUUAACUCCAAGGUGAACACAAUUUUCGUGUCGAAAGUGGCCGACACCAGUUUCGAUUUGCCCGAGGCCAACGUGCUUAUUCAGAUCUCCUCGCACGGAGGCUCUCGUCGCCAGGAAGCCCAACGUCUGGGUCGUAUCCUGCGUGCCAAGAAGGGCGCCAUUGCCGAGGAGUACAACGCUUUCUUCUACACGCUCGUCUCGCAGGACACCAUGGAGAUGAGCUACUCCCGCAAGCGUCAGCGGUUCUUGGUCAACCAGGGCUACAGUUACAAGGUUAUCACGCAUCUCAAGGGCAUGGACACGGACGCAGAUCUGAUGUACGGCACCCAGGAGGAGCAGGGUCAGCUUCUCCAAUUAGUCCUGUCCGCCUCCGAUUUGGACUGCGAGGAUGAGAAGCUGCCGGGCGAACCGGGCUUCCGUCCAAGUGGUGCGGGCGGCACCGUCCGAAGAGCUGGCGGUCUAAGUUCGAUGUCGGGCGGAGAUGACGCCAUCUACUACGAACAUCGCCGCAAGAAUGUGGGCAGCGUGCAUCCGCUGUUCAAGAAAUUCAGGGGAUAGACUUUAUACAGUCGUAGGCAACUGUGAAGCAUGAAUAAAAUUCUACAAAAAAUAAA